AUGGCGUCCCUUGGACCCGCAGUCUCGUCGCUGAGGUCCUCGUUGUCGCUGCUUGACUCGAGCAUCUCCAUUCUCGACGAAGGCGUGUCCGACUUUCCCCGUCUAUGCAAGGUGCUGCAAACGCAACAGCAUUUCGAACUUCUACCCGAGCCCACCCUCCGAGAGGCACAACAGUCGCUAGUCGAUGAGAUUGUGCCUGCCAUUAACCAGUUGUUGUCGACAGUGGACAAGUACGUGAGCCAACUUGGGAGGAAAGAGGAGAGUCUGAGGGCCCGCUCGGAGUUGCUGGAAGGGCGAUUGAACAACAACAGACGAAGUUCCAGCUUUGGUGGUGUCAGACAGCCAACCCGUAGCAGCAGGCCUUCCCAUACACCCGGUCUAACCGAUACGAAAAUCCUAGAGAUGAAACGAAUGCAGCAGAAGAAAGAGCGGUUACAAUAUGCCAUUGAAAGACUGGAAUUGCAGUGCAAGCAACGCGAGCGAGAACUCAGAAAGAGUAUGGCAAUCGUCCAAGAUUGA